AUGACAACAACAAUUACUAAACCUGCAAAUGGAUAUGUUUUGUCGGUCGAUAACUUGGAUGGUGUUUUGGCACCGAUAGGUGCAAGUGGACGUGUUAAAUACACUUGUUUCGAUGUCUCAAAGAAGUACUUGGUGUUGGGUGCCAACACAGGUAGUCUGUACUUCUUUGAGAGGAAACCGAAUGCUCUGCUCACCAACGAGACACUACAGAGUAACUUUGAGAUUCUCUCGUUGAAUGAGAUUCGUGAUUCUAUCUUUAGUAUAAAGCUGGCGCCUUGCAACGACAAUCUAGUGGCGAUGGCAACCAACAAGAUCAUCUAUGUCAUCGAACCAAACUUGGCCGCCGACAAAGGACGUCGUCGUGAGAAAGAGAAACAACUCUUCAAGAUAAUCGAUCAUCCACGUGAAGCAGAGAUUACAACGAUCGUUUGGAGUGCAUGCGGUGGUUAUCUAUUCAGUGGCGAUGACCUUGGAAACAUCUACUGCUCUUCGGUCGCCAAGGGUCGUAGUAGCCACUUCAUCUUGCGAUUCAGUGCCGAUUUCGUCACCAAGUGUGACAGUCGGUUGGUUCAGCUCGACGUCAUUCCAACGACGGUUGCCGACACCUUCUCGAUCUUGGCGUCGUCACUCACCAAGUCGGUGGUAAUCAACUACACCAUCUCACACUCACAAACAGGAAAGGUGAUCUCACAGAUCCAAGUCGGAAAGAAGCUGCGUGAGAAACCAACUAAACAAGGUGCUUGCUAUCAUCCUCUUCACAAUUCUUCGAUCUAUGCUUCGCGUCCCGGUAAGAGAAUCUGGCUGGCUGACCCGGUGGAAGGUACGGUUCUGUCGACUAUGAACUUCAAGUCGGGUGGCGAAGAAGGCAGUGUCGUGGUGACACCGGUUCCACUGGCUGCCGACACUGUUAACACACCGAUGUUGCCAGUGACCGCAAUGGCAUUUGCGAGACUGCUACCGUAUGGAAUGAACUUGAUCUCUUGGGAUGAGAAAUCGUUGAUUCUCAUCGAUGUUGACGAGGUCGAAGUCAUCGAGUGGCGUGUAGAUAGCACUGCCAUCCAAGAUAUAUGUAUUCACGAGAAUGCAAUCUACAUUCUCCACGGACAACACAGAAGUAUUUCAAGAGUGUAUUCACAGACUUUAAUAUCGGCACUUCCAAUUCCAACAACUAUUACAGCCGCUGUAGAAGAACAUCAUUCAACACAACAACAACAACCACAACAACAAAAACCAGAAGAAAUUCAUUCAGAACCAAUACAAUCAAAACAACAACAACAACCACAACAAUCAUAUGUUAAUACUCUUACAUUUUCAGUUGUUGAAUCAGAUGAUUCUAAAGAUACAACAGCUACCUAUUCAGAUCAAACAUCGAAUAAAGAUACAGAUGGAAGUCAGUUGGAUAGUCUCGAUACAAAUAGUUUGACAAAUAGCACAAGUUCAUUGACAAUCGAUGAUACCAACGAACAAAAUCAAGAGAGUGUAUUACCACCAUCUACUGCAACAACAGCAACAAUAACAACUCCACCAAAUGUAUCAAUACCAACAGUAACACCAACACCAGCAACUACCACCACUACACCACCACCAGCAGCAUCAUCAAGUCAACACGUUAGAAACACUUCAAAAGAGAAUAUAUUUUCAGAGAUUGAAGUGAAUACCAAUCCUCUGAUUACAACAACAUCGAGCGGUGUCACAAAGAAGAUUAUCAAAAAGAAAAAGGCAAAGACUUCCGAUAGCUCUACAAAUCUUCUAAAGACAUCGGGAUCCGAUGCCGUAACACCAUCACCAGUGUCGCCAACCAACAACGAUCAAACUGCUACCAUCUCGAUUGCAAAAGACCCAUCAACUCAAGCCAGCUCAUGGGCCAAUGUCAAUGUAUUCGACGAAGUACAAUCUAAAGGAAAUUCACCAAUGGAACCAUCGUUGGAUCCAAAACAUACCACCACAACCACUGUCAAGCGUACAGUAGUCAAAAAGAAACUUGUAAAGAAGGAGAAAACCAAUACAUCGAGUUCAUCCAUCAACGACAGCGCUUCAAGUCUAUCAACUCCAGAGAAUACAAGUAAACCAGCAUCACCCACCAAACCAGAACAACCACCACAUCCACAACCAAUACAAGAACCAACAACAACAGCUACACCAUCUCUAUCUCAUCCACCACAACCAAUACAACCACCACAUCCAACACAAGAAACAUCAGCUCAAACACCACAACAACCAAUAUCAGCGGCAGCAUCAAAAGCAAGUGGUAUAUUCAAAGGUUUAAGUACCAGUAUUGAAUCCAUUCAACAGAAAGCUAUCACUAAAAUUCAAAAGCAAACCUCUGAAAUCAAAUCUGAGCUUACUAGCAUUACCCAAAAGUUGCCGUUUGGAUCGAAUAGCUCAACACCAGCCUCUUCAACCCCACCUACUAUGGAGCCAAUCGUUGAGCAUACAACAGAAUCCACUCCAACCGUUGCAGCAUCUGCACCUACCCCUGCACCUAUCCAACCAGUAGAACCAAUCCCAGAACCAACUCCAUUGGAAGUGCUGGAAAAGCUAACCAAAGGAACCUACGACAGUUGGAUCAUCUACAAAUUCAAGCGUAAUGAAAAGGCAUUCUUCCCAAUGCUUCAAAUUUGGCUGCAAUCGUUUUACAAAGUGGAGUAUGUCGCUCCUUCAGAGAUGAUCAAUGAGAUUAUCACUGGUUGUUUCUUGUGUGGUGUUAACAUGCUCGUACAAGAUCCAACUGGAAAGCUUUGUAUGUGUUGGAAUGAGAGUAGUGCACGUGAGACCAUUAGAAAGUACUUUACCUAUCUGGAUUGUAACAAAGUGUAUCCCUAUGUCAAUGAACGUCAAUGGGAUUCCUGUAUAGAUACCAUCUUGGAGAUGGAAGCAUUCUCCAAGCAUGGAUCGAAAGUCAUUUCAACACUCAACAGCUUCAUCGAUAACAACGAUGGACAAGGAUGCAUCCACUAUUUGGAAACACAAAAGGAUGACGUUGGACUAUUGUUUAGAUACAUGGAGCGUCUGUUUGAGUUGCAACCGAAACAAGCUGCCACUUUCUAUGCCAAUCGCUACCCAGUCAUUCUCCCAAGAAAUAUAGUGAAACUGGUCGACCAGAAUCCAUCCGUUCGUCUGCCAAUCAAAUUUGAAUAUCUCAAUCAACUGUUGGAAUUGGUUGAAGAGUGUAAAUACGAUAGCAAUCUUGUAGAGGAGUGGUUCACAUGCAAUCUGAGUUUUAAUCAACCACCGAAAGAUCAGUUGUUCACCAAUGAACAUCGUCCAAGAGUUGGUGCACAUAACGUCGAGUGGAAGAAUGCACAGCAGCUGCUUUCCAUCAUUGGCGGUGUCAUGACCAACGAGUAUCUCUGUGACUUGUCGAAACUCGAAGAUCUCUGUGAGAGCAAUGGUUUCUUUGAGGGACUUCUCUCGAUUUACCUACACCACUACAAACAAUACUCAUCGAAAUCGGUCACCUUCCAUGAGCAAGCCAGUUUGGAAUAUGCACGUAAACUCGUCCACUUGGUAGUUUCCACAGAUAAUGUCGAUGGACUGACCAAUCUUAUGGAGAAUAACAUCGAUGUUGGACUAUGGUCAAUGCUAGUCACCAAGAUGCAAGAACACCGUGAUCACUACUUCAAUGUAUUCUACUCACGUGACACCAAAUUCGCCAUCUCUGAAGUGUUGGUCGCCACUAUGAUGGGAAGAUCGAUCGGUCCAUUGCAAACCAUCGAUAUUCUCAUUGCAUCGCCACUGUUUGAAUCGACUCAGAUUCCAUCGAAUCUCCUCUCUGAAUGGGUACGCAAUGGAAAAUGGGCACUCUACAAUAGAAAGUCGAUUUCUCACGAGAUAUUGUCGCGUCUCGAUAGUUAUCUCUGGACCAAGAAACCAAUGAAUCUUUCACCUCAGAUUUGGUCGUUGGUAGAUCAGGAUUUCAAUAACUUCCAUUCACCAAACUCACUUAAAUCACAACAGCAACAACAAAAUAAUCAACUUAUCGAUAGUUCAUCAUCUAUUACAUCGUCAACUGCCAACGAAUUGAAUCUCGGAAUUACCCCACAGUUUUUCGAAGACUCUAGUUUCCACUGGGGAACAGAGACAGAGAUACAUAGUGGUCAAUGUCCAAUCUGUACACUUCCACUCGUAGAGAAUCCUGAAUCAACAUUCGUCGGUGUCACUCCAUCCAGUGUAGUUAUUUUCCCAUACUGUGGACAUUCAUAUCAUCAAUACUGUAUCGAAGAACAAGGUUGUUUAUUAUGUUAUUCUCAAAAAAGAUAA